CCGAGCGAUCGAUGUUGUGUUGUCUUUAGUCGCCAAAAUGGCCGCUGAGGAACGAGCGAAAAGCGAAUUUACCGAGAUUUUAAACAGUAUUGAGCGAAAAUAUGAGAUAAUAGACACAAAAUGGACCGAAGAGAAGUUUUUCGAGAUGAAAUUUCGCACCCAAAUCCCGCGAGAUAGUGAAGAUUUCAACGCUUUGUGUGAUGAGUGGGUUGACCUCUUCUCGGAAGUUACUAAUACUGUAUGGGCGAAAAAGAUAUCAAACACAGGUCCGAAAAUAAGGUUUAGAAAACAAUAUCAGUGCUGGACCCAAGGCGGGAAAGUGGUUCAAAAAGAGCUCCUCUUUGAUUCCAGGCGCUGUAAAGGUACUCUAGAUAUCAAAGUUCUGACUGAUAACCCGUUCACACGCCGGAAAAACAAACACAUUAGAUUAGGAUUAAACGUCGUGGUUAAAAUCAACUUUAUGCAUUUACACCAAGUGGACACCACCAAACCCUACGCCUUUUUCGUCCACACUUGCGAGCCCCAGCCGGAGCCCCCCAAGCCCAUAAUCCAACCCAACGAGCGCUUGCCCCAGCUGGUGGCCGAGAUGGUCCAGAAGGGGCUCAAUGCGUCCCCGAAAGUGGUUAAUCCCAACCCAGUCACAACUGAACUGAAGCAAACGGGAAAAGAGGAGCAGCUUUUCCAGACGAAUUUGCUGGAAGAGCUGGGGGAGAAGACCAUGGAGAACGAGCAACACGCCGUUAUCCAGGAAAACAUCCAGCUGCCAAGUAUGCAGCAGCAGACGAUACAGCUGGUCCAAAAUUUGCCGAUACAGGGAAUGGAAACAAUAAAACUCGAAUUACCACCACAUUUACAGCAAUACACCCAGUUUGUGGUCAGCGAUAUGUCCGAACCACUGCUAAUGUGUCAGUCGCUAAUGCUGGACACUUCGCAGGUCAUACCAGUGUCCACUCACACUUUACCGUCACAUUUUGUGCAGAUUCAUUCACAGAAUUUGCACAACCAGUAAGAGUAUUCUUAGAGCACUUGUAUAUAAAGCCAAUAUUAUUAUAUUAGAGACUGAAGUUGUAUUAUACUUAUGAGAUUUUUUAAUAAUGUACUGACUGUGUUAAGUUGUGUGAAUGGAAGGUAAUUUUGUACUAAAGGCUAGUAAAAGGAAGGUUCGUUUGUGAUUAUUUUUUAUAUGGAAAUUGUGAUUUUUGGGAAUUAAUCAAAGCUUUGAUCAAUGUUUGCAUUAAGUACGACCCUUUACAUCCAGCAAAAAGCCCGGUUUUGGGGGCAGGUAGUGUGGUGUUUAAUGAUUACAGAAUAGUAACUCACAUUGUUUCUUGUACUCACAUUGUAAACCUAAUAUUUAAUUGCUAACAUUGAUAAUAAAUCUAUUUUUAUUGCGAA